AUGCGUUUGACCUAUGUUGCUUUGCCACCAGAUAAUAAACUCAUCAAGGGUAUUAUUGUCAUCGUUCCAGAUGCAUUUGGAUGGGAGUUUGUGAACAACAGGCUUCUUGCUGAUCAAUAUACCUUGAAUGGCGAUUUUUUGGUCUACCUUCCAGAUUUCAUGGAUGGUAGACCGGCCCCUGUAUGGCUUCUUGACAUCGUGGGUCCGCUGACUGAUACAGCUAUAAGUUGGAACUGGAUAUGGAAGCCCUGGUACCUCGCGCAGACCAUAUACGGAAUGGCGCCCUUCUUCUACUACAACGGCUUGGCAGCUUCAUGGCCAAGAAUUCGGUCCUUUUUCGAGGCCCUCCGUUUGCACGAGGGUCCUCAGCGACGCAUCGGAGCCGCAGGAUUCUGCUGGGGCGGUAAACCUGUGUUGACUCUGGCGCAUCCAGAAUCUAUAACCAAAGGCGGCAUACCGCUUGUUGAUGCUGUUUUCACAGGCCACCCAAGCGGCAUGUCGCUGCCCGGAGACGCAGAUACAAUUAUCAAGCCUGUUUCUGUUGCUAUCGGAGACAGGGAUAUUGUCACAUCUAUGUCUCAGGUCAAUGUGAUGAAAGAGGCUUGGAAGAAUCUGAAAACUCCUACAGAGGUGGUAGUAUAUCCUGGAGCCGGGCACGGAUUCUGCGUGCGGGUGGAUGACAAGAACGAGAAUCUGUUUCAACAGAGCAAGGAGGUAGAAAAACAGGCUUUGGAUUGGUUUGCGACGUAUUUCGGUCAAGUCAAGGGACUUUUGUGCGACACGGCUGAGAAAGUUGGGCUAGACCGUUUGGACCAACUUUGCAGCCCUUCUGAAUAUGCGACAAGGCAUACCAUAUCCAUUCAGCGUCGCACGCAGUGCUUUAGCACCAACGAUCGACGCAAGAAAGCGCUAAGAGCUUGUGAUAGAUGUCGAUUAAGAAAGACCAAGUGCAGUGGAUUCCCACCAUGCACAAGGUGCCAGCGCGAUGGCUUUGUCUGCACCACCGAAAACGAACCAAAGAAAGAAUUUAGGCGACUGUCGUCAGGAUAUACAGAAGUGUCUCAGACGAGGGACGCUGCUUUCACAGCUACCAUUCAAAGGCUUUACCUCAUGGUGCGCAAUGGAGAAACAUGGGACUUUGAUGAACCUGAGUUGGACGAUCGUGGUGAGCUCAUAGUUCACGAUAUCGUUCAUAAACUAGGUUACACGCUACCGAGCACUGAAGCCGAGUCACCAACACCCUCCAUGGUCUCAGAAGAUGAAGACAAAUCGGAAGAGGGUCCAAUUCGACACAAGAACGAACACAAAGUACACGUCCUUAAGCAGGAGGCCGUGGUACCGGAUACCGGGUUACCCACGCCUUGCCAAGCUGAGCAAUCGCCACCGGAACACUAUCUCGAUACGCUUACAGAUGGUUCGAAUGCAUCAAUGGAUCGCUGUCUUAGUAGUGACAACCUGAGUACUUCAUCACAGCACUGGAUCGAUGGUUUCUAUAUGGACUUUUCAGCGCCGAUCUGGGGGACAGAUAUGAUGACUUUGCAUUGGCCGCAAUCGGAUUUAGUAUCCGAGGCCUCCAGCGAGGCUGUGUCAGCUAACAAUCCCCUGCUGUUCCAACCAUUGCCUUUCAAUGUGUGUGGAGGAUCUAAUGGUAUGAGCUAUUCCUGA